GCAUCUUCAAGGUGGCAGCAUGGCUAUUUCAACAGGUGCUUCUACAGGGCCAACUACCAACGAUGUGAAGGCAUCGUCCCAGUUGAAGGCAUUCUCUGAUGAGUUUGUUCAAGACGUGCCUUCUUUCCAGCUGAGUUCAAGUUUGCAGAAGUUCGCCAUGCAAGCACAUCCUGUUGAGACUCCUCCGGUCCAUAUUGCAAGACCCUUGGCAAAGAAGAGUCAUCCUCCUGUUGCUCGACAAUUGUUCCAGGAACCUGAAGUUGAAGCACAGCUUCCCUAUCAGUUCUUUGAUCGACAUUCGCAGAGUGAUAUUGAAUUUGACAGCCAAGUCCAGUCACCAAGUCAGUUGGUGCCUCCUCCCGGGCCUGAGAUUGCUGC